AUGCCUUCUCUCAAGACCGUAGUUUUCGGUCUGGGAGCCUCCCUGGUGGCCUUUGCCGCCGCGGAGGACCCCAACCUAGCUCCGAGAAUCCCUACUCCCGUCCCCUUCCUUCCGGUCCGCUCAUGCACCGGCACUCUCGAGGCCUGCCCCGGCAUUCCUCGAUCUGAGGUUGAGGAGGGCGGUGACCUGGCUAAGCGCGAUGCUCCCAUCGAGCCUCGUGAAUACCUCGCCCCACGUGGUGGAUGCGAGGCCGCCGGCGAGGUCUGCUACGGAUACGACAAGCGCGAGCUUGAGGUUCUCCGAGACGCUAUCAAGGAAGAACUCAGCAAGAGAAUGACCUCCGAGUCCAUGUUUGUGGACGAGCGCAGCGAAGACGCCGAGGAGAACAUUGGUUUUACUAAGCGAGAUAUCGCCGGCUGGAUGUCAAACGUCAAGCGGGAUAUUGAGGAACGCACCGAGGAAGUUGUGGAACUUGCCGAGCGCGGUGAAGAAGAUGAUCUGGACGAACGUGACUUCGAUGACGAGCUCUUUGAGCGCGACUUCGACGACGAGGAUCUUCUCUUUGAGCGUGAUUUCGACGAUGACCUUUAUGAACGUUACUUCGACGAGGAUGACCUCUUUGAGCGCGACUUCGACGACGAACUGUACGAGCGUGACUACGACGAGGAUGUCUACGCCCGCGACUUCGACGACGAACUGUUUGAGCGUGAUUUCCUCGACCAGCGCGAGUUCCUGAUUGACUCCAUCAAGGAUGAGCUUGCCCGCCGUUCUUAUGAGGACGACCUCUUCGAGCGUGACUUCGACGACGAGCUUUAUGAGCGCGAUUUCGAUGAUGAGCUCGAGGAGCGUGACUUCUACGACGAGCUUGAGGAACGUGAUUUCUACGAGGAUGAUCUCUAUGAGCGCGACUUCGACGACGAGCUUUACGAGCGCGACUUCGAUGACGAGCUCGAGGAACGUGACUUCUACGACGAGCUUGAGGAACGUGACUUCUACGAGGAUGACCUCUAUGAGCGCGACUUCGACGACGAGCUUGAGGAGCGUGAUUUCUACGAAGACGAUCUCUACGAGCGCGAUUUCGAUGACGAGCUCUAUGAGCGCGACUUCUUCGAGGAUGAUCUAUAUGAACGCGAUUUCGAUGACGAGCUUUAUGAGCGCGAUUUUGAAGAUGAUCUUUACGCUCGUGACUUCGACGACGAGCUUGAGGAGCGUGACUUCUACGAAGAUGAUCUCUACGAGCGCGACUUUGACGACGAGCUCUACGAGCGUGACCUAGACGAGGAAGAACUCUACCAGCGUGAUGUCCUCGAGGCUGUCCGUGGCGAACUUGAGCGCCGAGCCUUCGAAGAGGAAGAGUAUGGUCUUUACACCCGCGAUGAGGAUCUUUACGAGCGCGAUGUUCUCGAAGCCGUUGAGGACGUGUUUGCCCGUGCCCUUGAGGAUGACAUUGAGGAGCGUGACUUCGAUGACGAGCUUUACGAGCGCGACUUCGAGGAUGAACUCUACGCACGUGACUUUGAUGACGAGCUCUACGAACGCGAUUUCGAGGAUGAUCUCUAUACUCGUGACUUCGAUGAUGAACUCUAUGAGCGCGACUUUGACGACGAGCUCUACGAACGCGAUUUUGAAGAUGAUCUCUUCGAGCGUGACUUCGAUGAUGAACUCUAUGAGCGCGACUUCGAUGACGAGCUUUACGAGCGUGACUUCGACGAUGAGUUGUUCGAGCGUGAAUUCGACGAUGAGCUCUUCGAACGCGACUUCGACGAUGAGCUCUUCGAGCGUGACUUCGAUGAUGAACUCUAUGAGCGAGACUUCGAUGAUGAGCUCUACGAACGCGACUUCGACGAUGAGCUCUUCGAGCGUGAAUUUGAUGACGAGCUCUUCGAGCGUGACUUCGAUGACGAGCUGUUCGAGCGUGAAUUCGAUGAUGAGCUCUUUGAGCGAGACUUCGAUGACGAGCUCUACGAACGCGACUUCGACGAUGAGCUGUUCGAGCGUGACUUCGAUGACGAGCUCUUUGAGCGAGACUUCGAUGAUGAGCUGUUCGAGCGUGAAUUCGAUGACGAGCUGUUUGAGCGUGAUGAGGAGGAUCUGUAUGAGCGUGAUUUCGAAGAUGAGCUCUAUGAGCGCGACUUUGAUGACGAGCUUUUCGAGCGUGACUUCGAGGAUGAACUCUUCGAGCGCGAUUUCGAUGAUGAGCUGUACGAGCGCGACUUCGACGAGGACUACUUGUACGAGCGCGAUUUCGACGAUGAGCUGUUUGAGCGAGAUGAUGAGGACCUGUAUGAGCGCGAUGAGGAUGAUCUCUGGGAGCGUGACUACGAGGAGGAUCUUUUCGAGCGUGAUGAGUUCGAUGAGGACCUUUUUGAGCGCGACUUUGACGAGGAGGAUCUCUUUGAGCGUGAAUUCGACGACGAGUUGUUCGAGCGUGAGUUCGAUGACGAGCUGUUCGAGCGCGAAUUCGACGACGAGCUUUACGAGCGCGAUGAGGAUGAUCUCUACGAGCGCGAGGAGGAGGUGCCCGAGAAGCGUGAGGAGUCCGACUUCGUCAAGCGCGAGGAGGAGGAGUUUGCCAAGCGCGAGGAGAUGGACCAGGCUAAGCGUGCUGAGGAGGAGUCUGUCGAGGUGAAGCGUGAUAUCGAGCAGGAGCAGGUGGUAGAACGUGACGAGGCCCAGAAGGAUGAUGCCGCAUAG